CGCGCGCAAAUGCCAUGUCUGAGCAAGAUGGAGCGCGUGAUCGUGAGCAUGCAGGACCCCGACCAAGGCGUGAAGAUGGGGACGCAGCGUCUGCUCAUCACCGUCAUCCCACACGUGGUGACCGGUAAUGACAUCGUGGAGUGGCUGAUGCAGAAGUAUACUAUCACUGAGGAAGAGGCCCUACACCUGGGCACCCUCCUGGUGCGGCAUGGCUACAUAUACCCACUGCGGGAUCCCCGCUGCCUCCUCCUGCGACCUGAUGAGACCCCCUACAGAUUUCAGACACCCUAUUUCUGGACCAGCACUCUGUGGCCAGCAGCUGAGCUGGACUAUGCCAUCUACUUGACUAAGAAGAACAUCAGAAAGCAGGGAGCUCUGGUCGACCAUGAGAAAGACCACUACGACCAGCUGCACAAGAAGAUCAAUCAUGCCUGGGACUUGGUAGUGACGCAGGCUCGGGAGCAGCUGCGGGCAGUUAAGCGGCGUCGGAAAGGGGACAGGCUGGUCACCGCCUGCCAGGAGCAGACAUACUGGCUGGUGAACAGGCCCCCUCCUGGGGUACCCAGUGUACUGGAGCAAGGUCCAGAGCGGGGUUCAGGCACUGCCAGCCGAGUGCAGAUGAACACAGAUUUCUACAAGCAGGAGGUGGAGCUCUGCAGAAAGGUUCUGAGCAGGACCCGGGUGAAAUCCUCUAUCUGCCUGGAGGCGUACCUGAAGUUCAGCAGCCAGUACCGGCCACAUGAUCCCAUCAUGUCAGGGUGUCUGCCCAGCAACCCCUGGAUCACAGAUGACCCCACUUACUGGGCUAUGAAUGCACCCACGGUGGCCGUGCCUACGAGGCUGCGAGUGGAGCGCUGGGCCUUCGAAUUCUCGGAGCUCCUGGGGGACCCUAUGGGGCGGGCGCAGUUCCUGGAUUUUCUGGGGAAGGAGUUCAGUGCUGAGAACCUCAGCUUCUGGGAGGCAUGUGAGGAGCUGCGCUAUGGAGCCCAGGCUGGUAUCCCCACCCUGGUGGACAAUGUGUACCAGCAGUUCCUGGCACCUGGUGCAGCCCGUUGGGUCAACAUUGACAGCCGGACAAUGGAGCGGACUUUGGUGGGGCUGCGGCAGCCACACCGAUAUGUGCUCGAUGAUGCCCAGCUGCACAUCUACAUGCUCAUGAAGAAGGACUCCUACCCACGUUUCCUGAAGUCUGACAUGUACAAGAGCCUGCUGGCCGAAGCUGUAAUUCCACCAGAGACCAGGAGACGGGUGUUCCCAUUUAUGCGGAAGCAGCGUCGUUCCAGCCCCAGUCCUGCCCUCCUUCCCCCCUCGGGGGAGCCUGGAAUGGCUGUUCCCGGGGGUGGGGACAGGGAGGUCUAG